AUGGAAGACGAUUCCAACGUCCCUCUACGCAACAUUAUCGAGAGCCAUGGCAAGUCAAUUGCCUCGCUUCUCCAAGACAUUGGAGGAAAGCAAUUGCCCCAGCAGAAAUGUUUGAGAUUUAUUGAAGACUUAGAAUGUCUCACAUUUGGAAAGAACUCCUGCGACGGACCCAGAUUGAUGCGACACAAUAUUAAUGCCUUCAAGCAGCGAGAAUAUGUCGCUUUGUCUUAUACUUGGGACAACUCUGAUCAGGAGGACCCGACGAACGGCAAAUACAAGGUUCAAAAUAGAGAUCGACUCCAAUUCUUCUCGUCACCGGUCCGAGACUGCGUUUUUGACCGUGUGAAUUCGUUCAUGCAUGCAAAGGGUCUUCGCCGUCUUUGGAUUGAUAGGCAUUGUGUCAAGCAGAAGACCUGCCGUAAGAAGGAUGUAUGUCCCCAUAAGAGAUGCAACGAGAAGAAGCGCGCAGUUGAAACCAUGGACUUGGUCUACAGUCUCAGUGAACACCCUGUGGCCUUGCUCGGAAAGCCAAUCGAGUGGGCGUAUGAACUUGAUCUAUUGGCGAAGGUCCUUGGAGAGACAUUCGUGAAGGAGCCAAAACAAGUCGAUCAUGAUGAGAUCUUACAAGCAUUGAGUUUGUUGACUCGGAUUACGAAAGAUCGUUGGUGGACGAGGGCCUGGACGUUUCAGGAGAACUAUCGCGGACUCAGAAAUAUGACAUUACUCAUCCGACACCCUGACUUCUUAGAGGCGAGGAAACAAGCUCAUAAAUGUUUCUCAGAUGUUCCAAAUGAACUCUGCAUCGGAUCUGAGCAGUUCUGCAGAACCACCACCAAACUUUGCUGUUGGGCUGCCCAAGAAUUUCAACAAGAUGACAUAUCUCAUCAUACGAAGAAAAUUCUUCGAGUUGCAGGAAAAUAUACUGCUUUACUGGACAAAUCGAUGCCAAUGACCCCAAGAGUCAUUGCCGACAUCCAAACACGGGGGCUGAAAGAUGCCUGGGAUAGACUGGCAAUCAUCGCCAAUUGCUGCCAAUAUGCCAUCAGAAUGGAUCAGGCACGAAUGCAAGAGCCCAAGAGCCUCAGUAUAUCGAUAUUAGCGAUGUGCCUUCUCAAUGGAGAAAUCCUUUCGCAUCAAUCCCGAGAGCAUUCUUUUUCCAUACUCGAAAAGCCCCUGUCUCAGUUUUUGGAGGACCAAGCAUUCAAUAACUUUUAUGCUCCCGAGGGUGAACGAUGGUUCACUUUCAAUAAAAGAUGCCGGUUUUUUGACGUUGAAUUGAAGCCGAAUGGUGUCAAAACGAAAGGCCAUCUUUGGCAACUUGACCGGAUCAUCGAUACCGCAAGUUUUCGUCUUCUUUUGCCUGAGUCAAUAGAAAAGACUUCCUUUUCUGCCAAGGAUGAGAAAAGGCUUAUCUCUCAGCUUGCUGGUGAGUUGAGACGCUUGCAUGAGAUAACUCUUGCCCUACACCUUGAAAGAUUUCUCAACUGUGACCACACCAGUCAGGGGCAAGCCUUGCAGAGGGAGACUUUUCCUGAACGCUAUAUGAGACUUAUGGCAAAAGAGCUAGUUUUGGCGAUGAGUAAAGGUAAGUUACUCCGACUUGGCCGAGUCUGGAAUGCUCAGAAAAGGCAAACUGCGUGCUCUGCCAUAUUUAUCUGGGACGCGGAUGGUACUCAGAAGCCCGAUGACAAAGAUCAAUUCGACAGGAGCAAGAUUAAUAGCAAACGAAAAGAGACGUCUGACUGGGAUUUUGCUUUUACCGCCUCUAAGCCUCUAGAACGCGGUUCUCAAAACCAUGGCACAAACGACCUAGAUCACCACGUGUCAUUAGAAGUCAGUUGGCCAACCGUACGGGACCAAUCUUUUGGUGACCCUCCGCAACUUUUCCUCAAACGCUGGCUUGUGGGAUUGUGUUUCUUUUACGAUUUCCCAAGAAGAGAUGUUGUUUUUCCAUGGCCUUCUUGCUUUCAUGAAACGUUUUCUUGA